CUUGCGGAGCUGAGCGCUGCGUGGCUCCUGCGGUUCCUUCAUGGACCCGAAACGGGCAUUAAAACGCACCCACCGCAGGCGGUGGUUCUACAGACCGCUGCCUGAUUGUGUUCGGCCGUUCCCCUGGGCCGCCCCGAUGUGCGCACUGGGCACAGGGAGGGGGUUUGGGGUGAACCAAGCCCUCCCCCGCCCGCUGCUUUUCCCCCAGCACGACCCGGGCUCAGGUUCCCCUUUGUGCUCGGAGCGAAGUCCCUGAAACUUUCAUGAGGGCAUCGGAUCGCCGACGAGAGCCGCCCCACCUCCCCGCCUGCCGCUGCGCAUCGCCUCUGUCCCGCGCCAUGACCCAGGGCAUCUGGGGGCUCUACAAAGCCAGGGUGCUGCAGACCCUGGGGGGGGCACGGGCUGACGGUGCGCUGCAGGAGGAGGGAGACCCUUCCGAGCUGAUGGAGGCAGCAGAGCCUCCCGCGCUGAUGGAGGAGGGAUCCGGCCCUGUGUCCCAGCUGGCACGGAAGGUCCAGGGGGGCUGGAGGACGCUCUCAUCUCUCUUCACCCGUGAGGAUGAGCACCAGCUGCUCAACCCAGAGCCCUGCGCUGACCACCCUCUUGCUGCCGUGCCAGCUGAGCUGCCUCCCGCCCAGAAAGCAGCCGGCUUUUGGGAUCUCUUCGCUACCAAAUGGCAGCAAGCAUCAACACUGGACAAGGAGGUGGCCCCUCCAGAGCUGAGUGAGAGUCCCACAGAGCCACCAGGUGAUGAGGGCCCCAGCGACCUGCGAGAGCCAGAGGAAGGGGCCUUCAAAUGGGGCUUCCUGGCCAGCAAACUGGCUGAAAUCCGAAAUAAAAAUGCUUCCAAGGGCAACUAGAAGAGGCAAUGCCAACGUGGCCCUGCGGCAGCGCCAGCCAGUGAUGCUGUCAUGGGCCCUGGCAAUGUGGAGGUUUUGGCACUAAAGACCCCACGGCGCCCUUCUCCCUGA